AUAAUGAAUCCUAUGAAUCAAAUUAAAUCGAUACAAUCAACUCCCAGUUUGCAAAGUAGCCCGUUUCCCGCUCUUAUAAAACGGCAGAAACAGGCAUCGAAAAUUUUUGGAGUGCUCAAAAUCCCAUAUCAAUAGAUUCAUUACUUCAAUGAUUUUUAAUCUAUGCUUCUUCGAAGGAAUGGAUCUGGAAGUAACAUAAUGAAAGAUCUCCACGUUCUUUUCAACCCAAGGAUCGCUUUUUUCAGUUCAAUGUUUUCUUCAUCAUCACCUCCGAUUUCAUUUCUGGAAACCCAUUUCAUCGAUCUAAUUCAUGCGUCCAAUUCAACCCACAAGCUCCGUCAGAUCCAUGGUCAACUCUAUCGCUGCAACGUCUUCUCCAGCAGCCGGGUUGUGACCCAGUUCAUCUCUUCCUGUUCUUCGCUAAAUUCUGUCGACUAUGCCAUUUCCAUCUUUCAGCGGUUCGAGUUGAAGAACAGUUACCUUUUUAAUGCGUUAAUUCGAGGACUCGCUGAAAAUUCCAGGUUCGAGAGCUCAAUUUCUUUCUUUGUUUUGAUGCUAAAGUGGAAAAUUAGCCCUGAUAGGCUUACUUUUCCGUUUGUGCUGAAAUCAGCGGCGGCUCUUUCCAAUGGUGGCGUUGGGAGGGCUUUGCAUUGUGGGAUUUUGAAGUUUGGUCUUGAGUUUGAUUCUUUUGUGAGGGUUUCGUUGGUUGAUAUGUACGUGAAAGUUGAGGAGUUGGGUUCUGCCUUGAAGGUGUUUGAUGAAAGUCCUGAGAGUGUUAAGAAUGGAAGUGUGUUGAUUUGGAAUGUUCUUAUUCAUGGGUAUUGUAGAAUGGGGGAUUUAGUAAAAGCUACGGAGCUAUUCGACUCAAUGCCGAAGAAGGACACGGGAUCUUGGAACAGUUUGAUCAAUGGUUUCAUGAAAAUGGGGGACAUGGGUCGAGCAAAGGAACUGUUUGUUAAAAUGCCUGAAAAAAAUGUUGUUUCUUGGACCACAAUGGUGAAUGGAUUUUCACAGAAUGGAGACCCUGAAAAGGCACUGGAAACUUUCUUUUGUAUGCUUGAAGAAGGCGCUCGGCCAAAUGAUUACACAAUUGUCUCCGCACUUUCAGCUUGUGCAAAAAUUGGUGCAUUAGAUGCUGGUUUAAGGAUUCAUAAUUAUCUUUCAGGCAAUGGUUUCAAACUAAAUCUAGUUAUUGGAACUGCUCUGGUGGAUAUGUAUGCAAAAUGUGGAAAUAUUGAGCAUGCAGAAAAAGUGUUUCAUGAAACAAAAGAAAAGGGCCUUCUUAUUUGGAGUGUUAUGAUCUGGGGCUGGGCAAUCCAUGGACAUUUUAGGAAAGCCUUACAAUACUUUGAAUGGAUGAAGUUUACAGGAACAAAGCCAGAUAGUGUGGUCUUUCUUGCUGUUCUUAACGCAUGCUCCCAUUCUGGACAAGUAAACGAAGGACUUAAGUUUUUCGACAAUAUGAGGCGCGGCUACUUGAUUGAACCUUCUAUGAAGCAUUACACAUUGGUUGUAGACAUGCUAGGCAGGGCUGGCAGACUAGAUGAAGCUCUAAAGUUCAUACGUGCGAUGCCCAUAACUCCUGAUUUUGUGGUGUGGGGUGCUCUAUUUUGUGCAUGUAGGACUCAUAAGAAUGUUGAAAUGGCAGAACUAGCAUCCAAAAAGCUUCUUCAGCUUGAACCCAAGCAUCCGGGGAGUUAUGUAUUUUUGUCAAACGCAUAUGCUUCAGUAGGGAGAUGGGACGAUGCGGAGAGAGUGAGAGUUUCUAUGCGAGAUCACGGUGCACACAAAGAUCCAGGAUGGAGCUUUAUUGAAGUGGAUCAUAAAUUACAUAGAUUUGUGGCUGGAGAUAACACUCAUAACCGUGCUGUAGAGAUAUACUCAAAAUUAGAUGAGAUAAGUGCAAGUGCAAGGGAAAAGGGAUACACGAAAGAAAUUGAGUGCGUACUUCAUAAUAUUGAAGAGGAAGAAAAGGAAGAAGCAUUGGGAUAUCACAGUGAGAAGUUGGCACUUGCUUUUGGGAUCGUCAGUACGAGGCCCGGAACGACUGUUAGGAUAGUGAAAAACCUUAGAGUUUGUGUGGAUUGCCAUUCUUUCAUGAAAUAUGCCAGUAAAAUGAGUAAGAGGGAGAUCAUUUUGAGGGAUAUGAAGCGAUUCCAUCAUUUCAAUGAUGGUGUUUGUUCAUGUGGAGAUUAUUGGUAAAGAAUUGUUGAUCAGAGAGUGGAACUGCGGAUGCUUUCAAGAACACAUACAAACUAACAAUUGCAGCCUCUUUGCAUUAACGGUUUGAUGCCCUAAAAACAAUAAUGGCUUCUGAGAAGUAAAAGAUCCCUUAAUCA